AUUCUAAAUUAAAAGAAACCUAGUUCAAAUUUAUAAUCAUGUACCGUUCUUCUUGCACUUAUUUAAAAUCAUUAACAAAAAUUAAAUUUAAAGAAUUUGUCGAUUCUUUUGACACUGUUUUAACCGAUUGUGAUGGUGUUUUAUGGAUUGAUCAAGAUGCGUUACCGCAAUCUUGUGAUGUCAUGAACAAAUUUAGAGAACUAGGAAAAAAGAUUUAUUAUGUGACAAAUAACUCUACAAAAAUUCGGAAAGAAUUCUUGAUAAAGGCUAAUAGGCUAGGAUUUCAGGCCACAGAGGAUGAAAUACAAUGUACAUCAUUCUUGGCUGCAGAUUAUUUGAAAAACUUGGGAUUCAAGAAAAAAGUUUACAUAAUUGGAUCCGAAGGUAUUGCAAAAGAAAUUGAACUGGCAGGAAUUGAUCAUCUACCUAUUGGUAAAGAUGAAAUGAAUACUGACCUAGCGACUUAUAUUUCCACUUUGAAACAAGAUCCUGAUGUCGGAGCAGUAGUUGUAGGUUUUGAUGAACAUUUCAAUUAUUGUAAAAUGAUCAAAGCUGCCAGUUACUUGGAUAAUCCUGAGUGUUUAUUUAUUGCCACUAAUACAGAUGAAAGAUAUCCAUCUAAAGCCAACAUAAUUCUACCAGGAAGUGGUAGCAUAGUACGAGCUGUAGAAACCUGUGCAGAACGUAAGGCUACAGUUCUAGGAAAGCCCUCAAGUUAUAUUGCUGAAUCUUUAAUCAGGCGUGGUUUAAAUCCCGCAAGGACCCUCAUGAUCGGAGAUAGAUGUAACACAGAUAUACUUUUAGGGACUAGAAAUGGUUUUCAAACUUUAUUAGUUUUAUCUGAUAACAAAUUAGAAGAAGUGGAAGCAUGGAAGAUUUCUAAUAAGCCUGAAGAACAAGAACUUGUACCUGAUUUUUAUAUAGAAAAACUCGGUGAUUUAAUGGAAUAUUUUGAUGAAUGAUAGGAUAAUUUUAUAACAAAAUUUAUUUUGGGUAUA